AAAGCAAGAAGGCUCGGGGGAGGGACGGGAAGGGAAAUGGCGGAGCGAGGCCAAAUCGAUCAAGCGUCUCCGGCGGGCAAGGUGGAAGCUGAUGUAUUAUUGAAUGAGCCGAGGUCGUUCAGGAUGGAUCGGAGGUCGCCGGAGGCGGCCGCGCUCAGAGACGUCGUCUCCCGCAAGCUCCUAGACUUCCUUGGCGCUUACUCCGACGACGUCCUCACGGAAUACAUUAUUGUUCUUGUUUGCAAUGGGAAACAUCAAAAUCAAGCCCGAGAUGAACUGGAGGCAUUUCUUGGCAAUGAAAGUGAAAACUUUGUAACAUGGCUUUGGAAUUAUCUAUCACUUCAAACUAAUGUUUCAAAUACACCUGUUCACUGUUUAGAUGAAACAGCAAAGUCUAAGGGUGGUUUUUCUGAUCCAUCAAAUGAUAAAGAAAGCUUGAGCCAUGCAAACAACAUUGAUGAUGUAGAGAGACCUAAAGGUUGGCGUCCUAGUGAAAUUGCUUCUAUCAAAGUGCAUGCUGAUAGGCCACAAGAACAAACACAUGCAAUUAAUAACUUCAGCUGUCUGGACGAUAUUAAUCAAACUCAAAAUGGAUUCACAAUGUUUGUGGAUGCUAGCCUGAUAUCCUCUACUAAAUUUUUUUCUGGGGGUGAGCAUUGCCUAGAAAGACAGAAUCAGCACUGGAAGAUAACCAAAAAUAGCUCAAGUGCAUCGCCUUCUCAACCUUUGCAUAUGCCAAAGACAGAAACAGUCAUGAGGAAUUCACAACCAAUUGAAGAUAUUAAACAUGAGUUUCUUUCCUAUAGAAAUACUGUUCCAAGUGAGCCUUCUGCAAAUGAUGUGGCUGCCAUAGAGGCACAGAUCACAAGGCCUCGUGGUAAUGUUUGGGAUAGGCUAGGCAAGCAAUGCAAAGAAAAUGAGUCCUUAUUAAGAGGUGAAAGACACUAUAUCACUACAACAGAAAAACUAAACCUUCAUACUGAGGAAAGUCAAGACUCAAAGCUAGUUGUAGUCGAGCCAUAUGCAACUUAUAGUGGCAAUAAGACUGAAAAUAGUGCUGUGUUUGAUAAAGGUCAUAAAAGGAGGCUUGCCGCUAACAGUUCUCAAAGACAAGAUGUGCAGGAGUACAAUAAACAUUACGCAUUUGAACCGGUGGAUAAAUCAAGAAAGAUAAGACAAGGUGAUAUUACUUCUGGUAAUAUGUAUGCCUCAUUUGCAGGCAGUGAGGAAAGCCUUCUGCAAACUAAAGAGGCAUUACAAGAGGUAAAAGGCUCUGUUUCCAUUAAAUGUCAAUAUUUUCCCAUUCUUAGUGAUCGUUGUGUGAAAAAUAAUACCGUGAAGGAGCCAACAUGUACUUCAGCAUCAUCUUUAAAUGAGAAGAACAAACAGUCUGAUAAAGUAAUUCAAUCUGCAUCAAAGAAGAAUACCUCAGAAACAACUAUGGCACAGAAUUCAGUUCCAUAUAGUUUAACAUCAGAUAAACCUGAACCCCUGAAGUUUACAAAUAGAAACAGUGAAUCCAGGCCCAUCCACAAUGAAAUAACUGAUGUAAAAUUAAAACUGCAGCAAGUGGAAAAGGAUAUGCAAAAGCUCCGGGCAAAACAAGCAGAUUUGAAUAACUCGAAAUCCAAGUUACCAGCAGGUCAGCACCAUAACACAAAGGAAGAUUUCGAGCCAAGAACUGUUGUUGUCUCUAAUGUACAUUUUGCAGCAUCAAGGGAAGCACUAUUCUCUCAUUUUACAAAGUGUGGUGCUAUUGUUAAAGUUACCUUACUAACUGAUGCGUUAACUAACCAUCCAAAAGGAGAAGCACAUAUUGUCUUUGCCAACAAAGAGUCAAUUGACAAGGCAAUAUCAUUAACUGGAACCUCAUUCUUCUCUCGGAUACUGACGGUAUCGCGGAAAACAGAAAUGGCUUCAGGGUCAGUACCAACCCAGCCUGCUAUGAAGGCUCCACAAUCAUGCUAUCCUUUGUCACAGAAGGGUACCUUUCAAAGACAUAAUACACAUUCGCACUUCCAAUGGAAACGGGAGUGAUCAAGCUCGCCUUUGCAAAAAAAAUUUAAAAUUAAAAUUUUCAAUUUGCUGGUGAGUAAUGAGUAACUCUAUGUGAUCCUCGGUGAGGCAUUUCAUCUAUAGAUCAAGAUUCAGGCGCCACACUAGAGCAGAGAAUUUUAGGCGAAGAGAAUACCCUAAGGACCAUUAAGAGAGCCCAGUUUAAGCCAAGUAGUGGAAGGUGUUAUAGCAGUAAGCUGUUUAUGUAAUUGUGAGUGUGCAGUAGGUUUGCUGAAGUCAGAAUUCAAUUGCUACAUCGAUACAGUUUUGCACUAUUAUUCUCACAAUUUAAGACUGGAAACAUUGCUCUUA